ACGUGGCAUUGGAUUCCCAAAUUCAUGCGGUUACAUAGUGAUUCGAUAUUGAAGGCGAGAGUUAAUAGGGAUCGUGGGAAAAGCGUGGUCGAUUUUGUAGAAGAGGCACAACCAAGCAUCCGGCCUCUCUCUCUCUCUCCCACAAAAGAUCUCUUGAAAGGCAUGAUGCAAGUCUGCUGGCCUUACUUCGAUCCUGAAUUCGACUCCCUGGUGGAGAAGUACCACGGCCCAAGGGUGUGCAUCGACAACGAAAACCUUGAAGAUUGCACGGUGGUCAAGGUUGACAGCGCAAACAAGAAGGGACUUCUUCUUGAUGUCGUUCAGGCUCUCACCGAGAUGGACCUCAUCAUCACAAAGGGCUACGUCUCUUCCGAUGCUGGAUGGUUCAUGGAUGUUUUUCACGUGACGGACCAACUGGGGCACAAAGUCACGGACAAGAGGCUCGUCAAUUACAUAGAACAGGCAAUUACUGAAAGAAGGUAUAACCCGGAAAGUGGAGAGAUCACUACCUGCCUCGGCAAUGUUGUCGGAUCUGAAUCAGCCCCGGAUCUGACUGUCAUAGAGAUGACGGCCGGAGACCGGCCGGGCAUUUUCUCGGAGAUCUCGGCCGUGCUGAAUGAGCUCGGCUGCAACGUCAUCGCCGCCCACAUGUGGACUCACAAUGCCCGGCUGGCCUGCAUCGUGUACGUGAUCGACGAGUCGACUUCGAGUCCGAUAGAGGACCCAAGCCGGCUAGCAGACAUCCAGGAUCACCUGUCAACGGUGCUUAAAGCGUCGGACGACCAGCAAGGUGGUCGGUCCGCGUCGACCUGGUUCAACAACAGCCGGAUCGCGUGCACCGACCGGCGCCUGCACCAGCUCAUGCUCGCCGACCGGGACUUUGAGCAGGUUCGCAGCAGGUGGAGCCCGCACGCCUCGGACCGGGCGGAGGCCGACGGAUUCCGGCAGAGUAAUGGCAUGAACAUAGUGAUCGAUAGCUGCAAAGAGAAGGGGUACUCGGUGGUGAACAUCAGGUGCAAAGACAGGCCCAAGCUCAUGUUUGACACGGUCUGCACCCUGACUGAUAUGCAGUAUGUGGCUUUCCACGCUACCAUCACAUCCCACGGACCCUUCGCCUACCAGGAGUACUACAUAAGGCAUGUGGAUGGGAGCACGUUAGACACGGAGAGCGAGAAGCAAAGAGUCAUUAAGUGCUUAGAGGCAGCCAUAGAACGAAGAGUAUGCGAGGGCAUCCGGGUCGAGCUGUGCACGAGCAGGCGGAGCGAUCUGCUCUCGGAAGCGACCCGGCUUCUGCGGGAGAACGGACUGUCCGUGGUCCGUGCCGACGUCUCGACGCAUGGGCAGAAGUCCAAGAAUGUGUUCUAUGUGAGGGACGCCUCGGGCAAUGCCGUGGACAUGAAGGCCUUGGAGUCCAUAAGGAGGGGGAUGCGUCCGUGGGUCGUGAAGGUCAAGGAUGUGCAUCUCCGAUCCGGUUCGCCGGAGAGGCAGAGGUUCUCCAUUGGUGGGAUGCUGAAGUCUCAGUUCGAGCGCUUCUCUCACGAGUUCAUCUCCAUAAGAUGAAGGCAGAAAAGCCCAAAAGCCUCAUUUCUCUUACAGCCCACGAUUUCCAUAUUGUAUAUUAUACAGAUCACUAGUCUCCGCUCUCUCUCUCUUUUAUAUAUAUAUAUAUAUAUAUAUAUAGGGAGAGGGAUAGAGAGAGAGAGAGAGAGAGAGAGAGAGAGACUGGCAUGCAUAUUUGGUGUAGUGUAAAGUCGUGGUGGCUCUAGAUAGGUAGGCAUGGUUUGAUUUCCAUCACUCAUCCGCAGCUAUUGGUUUUCCUCUUCAAAUUCGUUGAAGGGAAAAAAAAAUGAUCAGGCGGGCACCAUCGUCUAUAGUGAUAUGCGUGCCGCCAUCCUUCUUGUACAUUCCUUCUGUUAAGAUGAAUGCUUUUCAAAUGUUGUUACCUCUGCCUUU